AUGAAUCUUCAAGACACUACAAGAAGUUCAAUAUCCAGAGAUAGUGGAUUUACUAGUCCAGUAACGUCGGGUUCGCCUUCAGAACACAUGUACAAUACCGUUCAACAGCAAUCUUCUCAAUACGCAAUAGAUACUUCAGCUUUGCAAAUGCCAAACACGACUACAACUACAAUCGAACCAGAUUUUGCCCAAGAAAUAUCAUGUGCCUGGAAAAGUAUUGAACCUUAUCUG